AUCCCUGAGUUCGAAGCGAAGAUCAGCGAAGAUGAUUGCCACAACGGUGUGUUUUUACCUGGUGCUGCUGGCCAUUAUCAUGGCGUUCCUGUCCCCCUCCGUAGACGGUUGCUUCAUCCUGCUGGCCUGCCUGUUGAAAUCCCCCUUGUGUCCUUACAACACCACCUCGUCUGGAUGAUAGAGUGAAUUUUUUGUGUUGCCUCUGCCCCACAACCCUCACCCAAUAAAUACGAUUAUGCAUUGAAAAAAUA